CUCCUCUCACUCCCGACUGCGCUGCUGGCGCUCCUCGCCGCUCUCGAUGUCUCUUCCGCGACCCACACGUCCAACUGGGCGGUGCUCGUGAGCACGUCGCGCUUCUGGUUCAACUACCGACAUCUGGCCAACACAUUAAGCCUCUACAGAACAGUAAAGCGACUCGGCAUUCCGGACAGCCAGAUCAUCCUCAUGCUUCCAGAUGACAUGGCUUGCAAUCCGCGCAAUUCAUUUCCGGGGAGCGUUUUCAACGACAAGAGCCGACAAUUGGACCUGUAUGAUGACAAGAGCACAAUGGAGAACAUGGCGGGCAUGGGAGGAAUUGAAGUGGACUACCGAGGGAAUGAGGUGACAGUGGAGAACUUCAUACGAUUGUUGACCGAUCGCUGGCCUGCGUCGCAUCCCACAUCCAAGCGGCUGAUGACGGACGACCGAUCCAAUAUCCUCAUAUACAUGACUGGACACGGUGGAAACGAGUUCUUGAAGUUCCAGGACAGCGAAGAGAUCAGUUCGUUUGAUCUAGCGGACGCCUUUGAGCAGAUGUGGGAGAAGAAGCGAUAUCACGAGCUCCUAUUCAUGAUCGACACGUGUCAAGCCAACACGAUGUACCCUGCGUUCUACACGCCAAACAUUAUUGCUACUGGAAGUAGUGCCAAGGAUCAGAGCUCGUACAGUCAUCACGCGGAUCAGGAUGUGGGCGUGGCAGUCAUCGACAGGUGGACAUACUACAACCUGGAGUUCCUCGAGACAAGACUGAACAGUACCUCCGCGGAUACCAGACUAGGGGAACUGUUUGAUUCCUACACUUUCGAAAAAGUGCACAGUGAUGCUGGAGUACGGUACGAUUUAUUCCCCGGCGGAGAGCCAGCAGUCAGGGACCGACGAGUGCUGGACUUCUUUGGGAGCGUGCAAGGAGUGGAGGUAGAUGCAUCACAUGAGAAUGCCAGCAAUGAU